AUGAGUUCCUCUCAGGAAUAUGAUGUGCCAGAAACAGGAGCAGCUUUGAAAUCAAGCACCCUUGCAUCAUCUUAUCCAUCAGCUAGAUUACCAUCCCGGGAAUACGGCGCACCAUCAUCUCGUACCGCCAUGCCAUCGCCGCAAAACGGGGCUUCAAGAAAUCUCGACGGAUACUCUGAUCAGAGCUACGAGAGCUAUGCAAGAAAUUCUUUAAAAUGGCUUAAUCAGGAACCAGCGAACUACGAGUUCUCCUACAAAGUGAGUGACUACGAGAGCGGAAGUGACUUUGGCCACGCGGAAAACCGGCAGGACGAUAAAGCAGAAGGGACGUACUUUGUCGUACUUCCUGAUGGAACCAAACAGGUAGUAGAGUACGAGGCUGAUGAAGAUGGAUUCAAGCCAAGGAUCUCGGUUAUACCAGCCGACACUGCAUCUAGCCGCGUAGGUGACGGGCCUUAUUGA